AUGAAAAACAGAACACAAAGACUAAACACCAGAUUUUAUCAUGGUUCGGCAAACUUAGCCUACAUCCACACUGAGCGCAGAGGUUUCAUUCUCAUGAAUGGCCAUCAGAACUGGCGUGCACUGCCUAAGCAAGCAGGACUGUUAAGAUACGGUAAAAGCUAUCGUCUAAGGUGGGUUAAUUACCACAGACCAGAAAUUAGACAUGGGAAUUUCACUUCUGAAGAGGAAGAGACUAUUAUUAAGCUUCAUCAACUUCUGGACAACAAGUGGUCUGCCAUUGCUUCACGGCUACCUGGAAGAACAGAUAAUGAGGUAAAGAACGUGUGGAAUCCUCAUUUAAAGAAGUGGGUUUCAAGAAUGGGUACCGACUCGGUAACAUAUCAUUCAAAGUCGCCCAGCAAAGGGUUUGAUUACGAUGAAUAG